AAAUGGCAAUCCUGCAAACUUCUGUACCUAAUCCCAUCAAAAUUUCUGACACUAUAAGUAUGAUCAUCUGUAACGUGACACAGAACUUUACCGCAAAAAAUAAGAUCUGUCCGUUUCAUUACAUAUGGGUAGCCAACAGGAAAAUGCCACCUCUUCUUGCUUCUCUCAUUUCUGGUCCUCUGCUCGUAGAGCCAAAACCCUGAGCACUUCCGCCAAUCGCACUCCUUCUGGCGAUGGCCUCAUCCGCCGCCUCGGUCUUUUCGAUCUCAUCAUUAUCGGAGUCGGCGCCUCCAUAGGUGCCGGUAUCUUCGUUGUCACCGGAACCGUCGCUCACGAAGCCGGCCCCGGAGUGACGAUUAGUUUCAUACUCGCGGGAGCGUCGUGUGUGUUGAACGCUCUUUGUUACGCGGAACUAGCUUCAAGGUUUCCGGCCGUCGUUGGAGGCGCUUACUUGUACGCGUAUACGGCGUUCAAUGAAAUCACAGCGUUUCUUGUAUUCAUGCAAUUGAUGUUGGACUACCAUAUUGGGGCUGCCAGUAUUGCGCGUAGCCUAGCGAGCUACGUGGCUACGCUUGUCGAGCUUAGCCCUGCUUUAAAAGGAAAUAUACCGCCCUGGAUUGGUCACGGUGGUCAAGAACUCUUUGGAGGAGCUUUGUCUAUUAAUAUUAUGGCUCCGAUUCUUCUUGCCCUUUUGACUAUUGUUCUCUGUUGGGGUGUUGGAGAAUCUUCUGCUGUUAAUUUUUUCAUGACUACAACCAAGGUUGUCAUUGUUAUUUUUGUCAUUAUAGUUGGUGCUUUCAAAGUUGAUGUAGAUAAUUGGUCUCCUUUUGCUCCCAAUGGUUAUAAAGAAAUAUUGACGGGUGCUACUGUAGUAUUCUUUGCAUAUGUUGGAUUUGACGCGGUUGCUAAUACCGCUGAAGAAUCAAAGAGGCCUCAGCGGGAUUUGCCAAUAGGGAUCUUAGGAAGUCUGUUUAUAUGUGUUGCAUUAUACAUUUCUGUUUGCUUGGUGAUCACUGGGAUGGUACCGUACAAUCUCCUUGGAGAAGAUGCUCCUUUAGCUGAAGCUUUUACAUCCAAGGGUUUGAAAUAUGUUUCUACUUUAAUCAGCAUUGGAGCUGUUGCUGGGCUUACAACAACCCUUUUAGUUGGUCUUUAUGUCCAGUCUCGGUUAUAUCUUGGGCUUGGAAGAGAUGGCUUACUGCCUUUGAUAUUUGCUAAAGUGCAUCCAAAACGCCACACACCUAUUCAUUCUCAAAUCUGGGUCGGUAUUGUUGCUUCUGUUUUGGGAGGACUAUUUAAUGUGCAUGUUCUAUCACACAUUCUUUCAGUUGGCUCACUGACGGGCUAUUCUGUUGUUGCAGCAUGUGUUGUAACUCUUCGCUGGAAAAAGAAGACAGGAAAUCAAGUUUCUUCAAAAUACAUGUCAGCCUGGUGUGAAGGUGUCAUAUGCAUUGUCAUAGUGGCAUGCUGCGGUUUUGUUACUGGAAUUCUCUAUCGUUUUGGAGCUUCCUUUAUUUUUAUGAUUGUUGUGGCGGUGAUAGCCAUAAUCGCAUGUGCUGCACUUUUUUACCGUCAGUCUUAUUCAGAUCCUCCAGGGUUCUCUUGUCCCUGGGUUCCGAUUGUGCCAUCUGUUUGCAUCUUUUUCAACAUCUUCCUGUUUGCUCAGUUGCACCAUGAAGCGUGGAUCAGAUUUGUCAUCCUCAGCAUAAUAUCUGUUGGUAUUUAUGCAUUUUAUGGGCAGUAUCAUGCUAAGCCAAAUUCAGACGAGACAAUUAUCUGUCUUAUGGCGCCCGAAGAAGAAGCACGCUAAUUACAUAGUUAGAUUACCUAUGCUCCUCGGUAGCGUCGUACUAUUACAUCGAUCUUUGUUAUAAAAUUAUUUGUGACUAAAAAUCAUAAGACCUUUAUAGUUGAAAUAGGUUAGUAGAAAUAAAUUUUCUUAGACAAUCAUCGGCUUCAAGCAGCAAUAAACAUGUCGUUUGCAGUGUAUUCUUAAUUUCUUAUCGACCAGGUGGGUUCUACUUGAACUGCCUUUUCUGCAGCAGCACAGUAAAGUCUACUGUAUGGAUCAUUAAGCGUCGAAAAUUCAUUCAGUUGACAUU